AUGUUCAGACAGACGAAGAGAAGAGCUCUUGGUAGGAGAAACUUUGAGUCCUCUGUUCACAUCAAUGCAUAUGACAACUCGCUCAAAGCCCAAGAGCUCCUAGAGACCGUGUAUCCAUCACGUCUCUCCCUCUACACUCUGCCACCCCAGAACGAAAUCACGCUUGAUCAGUUUGAAACAUGGGCCAUUGACAGGUUGAAGGUGCUUUUAGAAAUUGAAGCUUGUAUCCAGAAUGGCCGACCUCUCAAAGAAACCGAGCAGGUGAUCAAGCCUUUGUUGGCAAAGCUGCUACCCUUGACGGCGACCUCAAAGGACGCCGAGCUGCUGGUGAAGGAAAGAAAAAAGGAUCACGUGUCUCACUACAUUUUGAGGCUAGCCUUCUGUAAGUCUGAGGAAUUGCGGGUCAGAUUCGUCAGGGCUGAGACCACAUUGUUCAAGAUCAGAUUUAUGUCUUGUUCGAUGUCCGAGCAAAAAGAAUUCACGGAUAGACUGAGUCUACCAUGGGAAGCUGUUGGAGAUUCAACGAAGAGAAAAUUGGCUGACAAACUAUAUAACGCCUGUCAUGGAGUGAUCAGGAACUAUUUGGUGUUGAACAGUGGUGGUGCCAACGCAAACAUCAGUGAAGACCAUAUCAAAUCCUUUUUCAACCAGGAGAGCUUUUUGAAAGUUCCGUUUGAGUACAUCGGUGAUCUGAUUGCCACAAAGUCCGUGUAUCUUCACCUUGGCUUUGGCUACGUUCCUCAAGUUUCUGUGUUGUCUCUGUUGGCCAGUGAGUUCCAAACCAGUAUGACAAGAGAUCUUCUGGUCACGAGAAAAUUUCUGUCCCAACUGGAUGAGGAUGACAGAGUGUUGCCCGUGUUAAACCACUUGUCACAGGGCUACGUUGCUGCCGAGAUUCAAAGCGAUUUCACUCAAAGCGAUUCCGAUGUUACUGAUAUCACUGCUGAUAGUGUCAUCAGCGAGGGAAUUGCCCGUCAUUACCCUCUGUGUGGAACAAAUCUAGUUAAAGGGGUUUUAGCCAACCACCAUCUUAGAUUCCAGGGCAGACAGCAACUGACAUUAUUUCUGAAAGGGAUAGGUCUCAAUAUCGAUCAAGCGAUGAUUUUCUGGCAGAAACAAUUCACCAGCGGACCAGGUGCCAUGACAAUAGACAAGUUCCAGAAGGAGUAUCGCUACAAUAUCAGGCACAGCUACGGGUUGGAAGGUGCCAGGAUCAACUAUAGGCCCUACGACUGUCGUCAAAUUCUAAAGCACCCGAGACCAGCGAAAGGCGAAUAUCAUGGAUGUCCAUACAGAGAUUUCACGAGCGAGAGGCUAGUGGUCCAACUGGAGGAAAUGGGCAUCAAUGACAAGCAGAGCCAGGUGGAGGUGUUGGACCAGAAGGAGAUGGGUAACUACCAGAACGCCUGUACUAAGGUGUUUGAGCUUACGCACAAAUCCCAGAUGGAAAAGCUGGCAGCCUCGGGUCUGGGAAAGACUUAUAAGGUUGACCAGACAUCCAUAGCCCAUCCCAACCAAUACUUUGAGAGGUCCAGGAACCUUGAGAGAUGGCUGGACAAGGCCGGGGAGAUGGCCAAGUAA